AUGAAACUUGUGCUACUGCUACUCAUACUUUUCAGAGUUUCUGAUACGGCAAAUGUUUCGGAAGAUGAAUUAGAGCUGGAAAGACAAGUUAGAAUCACGAACAAGCCACCUGUCAAGACAUUUGUGGUGGAACCCAACUUACAUUUUGAUAAGUUCGAGGGGUUUUCUCCGGAUGAAAAAUCUGUCAAAUUCGGACCACGAGAGCCUUGUCCUGUUGGAACAGUACCCAUUCCUCGAGUAACAAAAGAAAAGUUGAGAAGGGCAAGAUCUGUGCCUAAGAUGCCGUCUAUAGUCGCUGUUGAGUCCUAUGCUCUUCCUUCUAAUCAACAUGUGGUUUCUUUGAGAGAGAAUUUGGUUGAAAACGUUAAAUAUGGAUGUCAUGGUGCAACCACCGUCUACAAUCUAACCGUUGCUCAAGAUCAAUUCAGUUCACAUAAUAUGUGGAUCGAAACCGGCCCUCCGGACCAUAUCAGUAUGAUUGCAGCAGGUUGGCAGGUUACUCCUGGAUUAUACGGUGAUAAUGUUCCUGGGUUUUUCACUUAUUGGAUGCGGCUUUAUCCAGAUAGACAGGGAAUUAAGCCCCGGAACGCCUAUUGCGCACUGCUUCUACUUAUGGAGGGGGAUCUUUAUGCGUUUGCAAUCCGAAUUGACCAGGAUAGACAGACUGGAAACUGGUGGUUGCAUUGCGAUGGUCCGUCCACAAAGGUAGGUUACUGGCCAAAGGAGCUAUUCUUGUACUUGCGCAAUGGCUCCCUCCAUACAGCUUGGGGCGGAGUCGGCCUUGCGGGAAGCAAUGGAGAUUGUCCCCCCAUGGCCAGCGGACACAAGCCCGACGACAAUUUCGGGCACGCCACGUAUUUUCGAAGCCUCGCAUGGGUCGACACGAACGGCGACAUCGUGCUUCCUACACAAAAAAUCUCGAAGUGGGUUGAUAAAUCCAACGUGUAUGGCUUCAAGAAUCACCAUUUUACCAUAAGAGGGAUGAAGGGCUACACGAUCAGCUUCGGAGGCCCCGGGGUUUAUUGCGGAGGCUAA